AUGAUCUAUGCCAUAGGAACCAACAUUAUAAAAGAAGACGUGGUGAAUAAUCAUAGAAUCAUUUUUAAAAGUGACCAAAAUAGAAUCACCAAGUUAUAUGUCGAUGGUGGUCAAAAAUAUAUCUGCUGCUGUAAGGAAAGUAAAUUAAUCUCUGACAUAUAUAUUCACAAUUUUGAUCAUGAGGGGGAUCCGAUUAUUUUGUCUCUUCAUAAGUUUAGGACUUUAGAUGUUUCGAUCAGCAAAGAUGGGAAGUAUUUACUUUCGUCCGGUGGGGAGGAUGACAAAACGUUGAUUUUGACUCAAAUUGAGAAUCAGAAAUUUAUUUACAAGUCUUCUUCGGAUUAUCCCUACUCGAACGUUUCCUUUUUCCACAACUCAAACAAUUUUAUCAUAGCCAAGCUUAACAGCAUCAAGAUCUGCUACUACGACUUCACGAAGAAGCUGAUGAGCGAGGAGGAGGUGAACACCUCCAUUUAUAAGAGACAGUUUGUGUGUCUCGAGCUGAAGAAAAACGAUGAGUAUGCCUACCUCGGGACAACGACAGGCGACGUCCUCGUGGUGAACAUCAAGUCGAAGGUACUCGAGAAGAUCCUCCCGGAGAAUUACCUUUUCAGCAACGGGAUAAAUGUGGUGAAGAUUCUGAGUGACAACACGAUUCUGACAGGAAGCGGAGACGGCUAUGUCAGCCUAAUAGACGUGGCUGAAAAAAAAAUCGUGAGAAAAACAAAGCUGUACGGAUCCAUCAACUCCAUAGAAAUGAGAAACGACUCCACUCUAUAUAUCAGCGUACACGAAAAUGUCAUAUACGUCAUGGACGUCAUCAAUAACACACACAAGGUGCUAAUGUUCCUUCACAACAAUUACAUCCGAGACCUAUGUUUCCCCUUCGAUUACAAUUAUAUCAUGUACACCUGUAGCCACAACAACAUAAUGGCUUGGCAUUUUUACGAAAAAAAAAUUAUUUUUUUAAAAAAUAUAGAUAAGGGAAAAUUCGUCUAUUACGAUAGAAAAUUUUUGAACAUACCAACAGAUAAAAAAGAAAAACUAUGCAAAAUGAACAAGCUGCAUGAAGCUCAAAUUGCACACACUUUGGAAAAAAAAAAUAACAAUGGGGAUACAUUCGAUAAGAUAAAUAAAAACUUGACAUGCCACAGCAUACAAAUUACGAAAGAUGGCAAAUACGUUGCUCUCUCUGUCCACAAUAAUAUUUAUUUGUUAACGUCAAAGUAUAUGAAAAUUGUUACAGUUAUUUUAAACUCCCAUUAUGAUUACUGCAAUGCUUUGCUGCUUCACAAUCACUAUGAUUUAAUCACUGCUGGGAAUCAUGGCGACAUUAAGUUUUGGAGAUUUCAGGACGGCAAAUAUGUCAAUGUGAAUACUGUGAGUUACCACGCCAUGGCCAUCAACCGGAUCAUCCUCUACGGGGGAAAAUAUCUCUGCAGCUGCAGCGAAGAUGGACUCAUUACCAUUUACAACAUCGAUGAAAGCACACUCGUGAAAAAAAUAAUAGACACGAGCAACGCCAGAUAUAGGCAAAUCUGCCUGAACAAAAAAUACGACAUCCUCCUCUGUUGCGGAAAUAACAACAUUUUUAUGUACUACGAUUUGAUAAAAAACGAGAUCAGCAAGCAUUUUUACUAUUCCCCCUUCCACAAUGUCCUCACGGUCGACAUGGACGACACGGGGACGUACUUCAUAACAGGCUCCGACGACUGCAAGCUGCGGCUGUACGAAUUCAAAACGUGCACGUGUCUCUACAUCGGAGAUGCACACAACGACGUCAUAAACAAAUGCAUGUUCACGGUCGAUAAUCAUUUCAUCAUAUCGGUUUCGAAGGACGAAAGUAAGGCACAGCGAGUUAGGCAGGUGCUCUCACGCUCAGUGCCCACGGCAAAAGCGAAAAAAUGUAACAAAACGAAUGCGGCGACGAAUUCCCCAAACUGUGCAGGCAUAAUUUACUGGAACGUUCCCGCGGAAAUGAAGAAGCAGGGCUUGGCAAAAGAGCUCGAGGAGUAG